UUUAAUAUUUAUUUUAGUACGGAGACACGCUACCUAGCCCUGACAGCUGCGUUGAUAUGACCUGUGACGAAAUGUCCGGAAUCGUAGCUCAACAAAAAGCUUGCAACGUCGAAUGCGAUCAGGGCAGCCUGAUACACAUACCUGACCAGUGUUGUCCCGAGUGUGUGCCCACUAAAAAGCCAGGAUGUGAGGUGACAUACAGCAACAAGACCUUGGAAUUUGAGCGUUUUGGAUCCUCAUGCCGCUCCACCUCGCCAGUCCUUUUGGGCGAAUGCUCGGGUGGAUGUGUCAGCUCUGUGGACAGCAAUCAACAGAGUGAUUGCGAAUGCUGCCAGGUCAUUCAGACCACUCAAAUUACAGUCCCAUUCCGUUGCGCUAACGGCUCGCUGGGCAGCAAAAAUGAGAAUUCCAUCACGCAAUGCCUGUGUAUGAAGUGUCCACAAUAAGAACCAAGCAAUGGAAUCUAAAAGUGUGCGUUCCAUUGAUAUGCAUUGGUUCGAAUACAUCUUGUAGAAAAUGAGAAAUCGUGGAUCAUUGUAUUAACAAACUAAAAAAAAAA